AUGACCUCCCUCACCUCCCACGAAAUCCUUCCUCUCUACCACCCUCCUCCAAGUUCAACACCCACCCCACAACACCGCCAUCUCACCCACGCUCUCACUCGCCCCAUCACCACUCCCCUCCUCUUCCUCCUCCACCUCCGCACUUCCAAGCCCCUCGCAACCCUCUCCCUCAUCUACGCCCUCUCCAUCUCCGGCCCCUCAGCUCCGCAAUUCGACAUCCUCACUCUGUAUGAAACAUCUCGCGGGUGUUUUAUCUUGACAGUCUUAUUCCUCUGGACUCUCUUCUUUUUCCAAUAUCUGCAGGUGAGACAUUGGGUUUCGCUUGAUGCGGAAAGUAGUCUUAGAUAUAGGGAAUUGCGGGAUGUCCAAUUCCUAAUUUGUAUCCUCCUCACCACCAUCCUCGCAUUUCCUCUCCUCCGUCUCAGUACCUCCCUAUCCAAAACCGAAGUCGCAGAAGUAAUACCAAAAGCCCUGUCCAUGAUUCCCGUCGCAUUAACAUUCCUAAUUGUCAUUUCGGAGAAAAUUAUGGUUUGUAUUGUGAAUGGUGUGGUUUAUGGAGUACCGGUUUUGAGACACGGGAUGCAGGGGGUGAGAGGGGGGUGUUGGGGGCGUGGGCGGAGGUCACGAGACGCUUGGGGUAUGUACCGUGAAGAGGGGGGGAGGGGUGCUAGGGAUUGGAAGGUUUGGGAAUUUGUGUGGGUUAAGCGAGGGAGUGGGGGAGGCAGGAAGGAGCACAGAAAAAUAGAUUUCAGUAAUCCAGUGCGAAACGGGGAGUUAGGAGUUGGGUGA